ACUUCCGCUUGUCUGGGGUCACAAAGUAAUACUAAUAUGACUCGAUAGAGGGAAGUAGUACAUCGCUGAAAUCGCACCUGUCAGAGCAGCGAAGAAGAAUCUAAGACGUGAGAGGGCUGCGACUCGCUCGCCAAACGUCACAGGAAGGAGCAGCAACUCUAAUGGAUGUCAAUAAAGCUAAAGGGGAGCCGGGAUUACAGACUCCUGCCGGGCAGAUGGACAAACCCGUGAACUACCAUGCAUUUGAAAGUACGCUUCCUAAAGCGGUGAAGAGGCGGGUGCAUGCCUUGAAAAGGCUUCAGUUGCAGUCUGCCCACAUUGAAGCCAAAUUUUACGAGGAGGUCCAUGAACUGGAGAGGAAGUAUGCUGAGCUCUAUCGGCCACUAUAUGACAAGCGAAGAGAUUUUGUCACAGGCACAGUGGAACCCACAGAUGCUGAGUGUGAGUGGAGCAGUGACAAAGAUGAGGAACUAACUGAGCAGAUGAAGAGAAAAUUAGCUAUCGACCCUGCAAAAAAGGAAGAUUCUGCACCAGCGGAAGAUCCAAAAGGUGUCCCGGACUUCUGGCUCACCAUAUUAAGGAAUGCAGAUAUGCUCACUGACAUGAUCCAAGAACAUGAUGAGCCCAUCCUCAAGCACUUGAAAGAUAUUCAAGUUAAGUUUUCUGAACCAGGACAGUACAUGAGUUUUACACUAGAGUUCCACUUUGAGCCCAACAGCUACUUUACCAAUGCAGUCCUCACUAAGGUCUACAAGAUGAAGUGUGAGCCUGAUGCUUCAGAGCCUUUUUCAUUCGAAGGCCCAGAGAUCAUCGACUGUACCGGCUGUGUGAUUGAUUGGCAGAAGGGAAAGGAUGUGACUGUGAAAACGAUCAAGAAGAAGCAAAAGCACAAAGGUCGUGGCACUGUCCGUACAGUCACCAAACAGGUUUCUAACCUGUCCUUUUUCAACUUCUUCAACCCUGUCAAAGGUUCACCAGAUGAUGAAAUAGAUGAGGACUCUGAUCUAGCUUUUGACUUUGAGAUUGGUCAUUUGUUCCGUGAGAGAAUAGUUCCCCGAGCAGUCCUGUAUUUCACUGGAGAGGCAAUGGAAGAUGAUGAGAGUUUUGAUGAGGAACUGGAAGAAGGCGAUGAGGAGCAAGAUGAUGAUGAUGAUGACGAAGACGAUGACGACGACGAUGAUGAUGACGAUGAGGGAGACUUUGACCCAAGGAAAGUAGCACCCACCCAGCCUGCUGAAUGCAAGCAGCAGUAACCACGGUGACCAGUGGACACACAGACCUGGAGUCCUCCUUCAAUUCAGCCAAUCAGCAAGUCCUCCUCUUGCGGCCCCCAUUGUCCUUCCGCUUCUCCUAUGAACUGUCAUCCCAAUGCAGUCGUAUGCAAACCAAACGUUUUGCUGUGUGCAUGGACCCCCUGCCCCUCUUAGUCACUUCGCCCUUCUUUGGCCUCUUUUUUCACCUUCCAAACAGGGAAGUGUCAUGGUCUUUGCCAUCCUUUGGUAAAAUGGAGUUUAGUGCAUUACUGCCAUAAAUCUCAGCACACCAUAAGAAAAAAUAGGAGCCUAAAAGACUUCAAACUUGAGUUGUAAUAGAUCUGUUACUCAGGGGUUUUUUUUUUAAGUUUUUUUUAAAUGUAAUUUCAGCAGUUAUCUGAACCAAGUUUAUUUGCCUUGGCUUUGGGGGCUUUUUUUUUUUUUUGUUACAGUGUAUAAUUUAAAUUUUUCAUACUCGUGCUUGUCAUUGAAUUAUUUAUUUCAUGCAGCAGAAUGCAUUUCAGCAAACCACAUGGCGGCUCACCCCUUAAGACAAACAACCAACUGCCAUGUUCUGAUUUUAAACAAAUCAUUGUGGGUGGUUGAUUUAAACAAGCAUUUUUCACAUAACGUGACCAUUUGAAUUCUUCUUGACCUUCCUGUUACAUAACCACAUUUAGUUUUUUUGGGGGUGUUUUUCUUCUCUACUAAGCCAAAUUGAAUGUUCAUGCAUUGUUUGCCCACUUACACAUUGUAAUCAACAUUAAAAGUUGCUCAAAUAUAUUUUAUUGUAUAUGGGUUUGCUUUUGAAUGGUUUGUUGAAAAUAUAUUGCCAAUGUAUUUUGUACUCCCAUUUAGAAUUAGUUUGUGGAUUCCACUGUUGGCAGGUCAGCGCCCGCUUCUCUCGAUUGUACCGAGCUGGUUGUUGGCAUCUGAGCUGUGGCGUCGUGCGCUAAUGGACGGCCUUAACUUGUUGGCUUACAGUUUGUACAGAGUUAACGAUAUUCUAUUAAAGUUGUGCACAGUUGAAAAGCGCAUUUCUGUGUC